CUCGGAAGCGGCGAUGCGCGGAGCCCCGCGGUAACGGCGCGGGCCGAGGGAGCCGGCGGCGCGGCGCGGCUGCCUGCCAUGGCGAGCCGGGGCUCCGGCUCCUCGGAGCACCUGGAGCGGCUGCAUGAGAUCUUCCGGGGGCUGCACGGAGACUUGCGGGGGGUGCCGGAGCGGCUGCGGGGCAGCGCGGCCGAAGAGAGAAAAAAACUAGUUCGAGAAUUUGAUGAGAAACAGCGUGAAGCAAAUGAAACGCUACGAGAGAUGGAGGAAGAAUUGAAAUAUGCUCCUCUGCCUUUCCGCAACCAAAUGAUGAGCAAAAUCCGGGCUUACAGAAGAGACCUCUCCAUGUUCCAGAGAGAGAUGAGAAGUACAGAUUUGGGAUUGGGCCCUGGAAGUCAAGCAAAUACGAAAUAUGGAAUCUUCUCCACAGAAAACGAGCAGAGUACUAAUCUGCAGUCACAGAGGGUGCUGCUUCUCCAGGGGACAGACAGCCUAAACCGAGCCACUCAGAGCAUUGAGCGCUCACACCGAAUUGCUGCUGAAACAGAUCAGAUUGGUACUGAUAUAAUUGAAGAACUCGGAGAGCAGCGAGAGCAACUGGAACGCACCAAGAGCAGAUUGGUGAAUACAAGUGAAAACUUAAGCAAGAGUCGUAAGAUUCUGCGUACUAUGUCCAGGAGAGUGACCACAAAUAAGUUGUUGCUGUCAGUCAUCAUCAUCCUGGAACUAGCCAUCCUGGGAGGUGUGGUCUACUACAAAUUCUUUCGCAGCAGAUGAAUUUUCAUGGCCAAGAUGAGUUUUCCUACUGCUGAGGAAAGGAACAGGCUGUCUGUUCCCUUUGACUGUCUAAGGAUUGAACUGUCUCAUGCAACAGCGUGUUCAACUGAAACUGUACUAACUCUAGAAAGACACUGAAGGGGAGUAAAAGGAAAGUGCACAGACAGACUUGAACUACUGGUAAGAUUAACAAGAAGGUAAUAAGUGUUUUAUUGUCUCAACUUGUAUAUACUUAACCAAAUGAAUAAAACUUGGUACAUAAUACAGUAGCCACUGACCAAGUGGAAAAGCUAGUUUAUUUAAAAAUUGAGACAGUACAGUAUUUAUCAAGUGUUGACAGUCAAUCCUAUUCACUUAGGUGCCUCAGCAGAGCUCUUUAAUGUCCAAUGUACCCAACACUUUGGGCUCUUAAAUCCUCACUUGCUCUUCUCUGUCAGAUUCAUCUGGAGAACUGGGUGUUGGGAGUUCAUCAAAAGCAAUGUGUGCCCCUUCCCUUGUUUGCCCAAAGCACGCUGCUAUCACAUCUACUGCAAGACUAGCAGUUGCGUUCACUUCCUCUUGAGAGGCUCCAAGCAGUGGAUUGACUUCUACCAUGUCCACAGCUGAAAGCAUUCCUGUGAAAAUAAUUUUGUUAUUAUGAAACAGGGAAGAAUCCAGGAACACCUAUUUCACUUUUUGUAGCAAGUCUGAUAUUUGAACUUGUGACCUGCUUUAUCCAUUUGAUGAGUAAAACUGGCUUUCAAGUUAGGGGAGAGGUUGUCAUUCUUGGGACAAAUUUUGUGGUCAUCUUUGGUUCUUUUCUACAUUGUCACUACCUCACUUAUCCUUGCUUUUAACAUUCAUGGAAACUAAGUUUGCUGCUCCAACUGCAAUUAUGAAAGGAGCCCUUUUAUUUAAUCUUAUCUUUGCCUAAUUCAAAAAUUAAGGGAUGCAAGUCUUGCAUACUAAUUUUUGCCAUUUCAUUUUUUUAUUCUACUGAGGUCUGUUUUUUCUUCUUCUUCCUAUCCUAACUUCUAUUACAAAGAACUCUGUUGAAACAAAUUAAAUGAAGUCUGCAUGGCACAA